GAUGAAAUCGAGACUAUCGAAUCCUUAGGUGGAACCGGGGGCGAGGUCUACCCCGAAUGCCGUCUGUCAGAGAGGGGGAAGGAAUACGUGGGAACCAGGAACGAGACCGAAACUGGGAAACCUUGCCUCCGGUGGGACACCCAGCCGUAUGGCAUGCCUUGGGAUUUCUUUGACAACAGAUUUCCUUACGAAGAGCAUUUCUUCGGGAGAAAUUCCUCGCUUCACGAGAAUCAUUGCAGGAAUCCGGGACUUUAUAGGCGGAGGCCCUGGUGCUUCGUCGCGGACCCUAACGUACAGUGGGAAUACUGCGACGUUCCCUUCUGCACCGACGCAGAGGCGCCGGAAUGCAAACUGACGGAAGCGGGAAAUGAGUACGUUGGAAAACAGAACGUGACGCUGUCUGGUAAACAAUGUCAACACUGGCUCCAGGUCGUUCCCAUGAGACACUCUUUAUGGAAUUUUUUGCCGCUGUUCUCGGAUGACCUCGACGGGCCUCACAAUUUUUGUCGUAAUAUCGGUGUUUCCACCGGGCCGUGGUGCUUCUCUGUCUCUGGAUUGAUUUUGCAGUACUGCGACGUGCCGUUCUGCCCCAACAGCGAAGGGGAGCAAUGCAGAGUUCGCGUCUCCGGCGAGUGUGUCGAACCGCGGGAAUGCAAAACCACACCGAACGGGGAGGAGUACAUCGGAACCCAGAACGUGACGGUCUCGGGGCACCCGUGCCUGGCGUGGAUCAAGAACUACGAGAGGGUCUUCCUCUUCCCCUUCUACCGUUCAUACAUCCCCUUCAACCAUUCAUACAUCCCCUUCUACGACGACUUGUAUCCUUCUCACAACUUCUGCCGGAACCCGAAUUCGAGGAGCGGUGGCACUUGGUGCUUCAUCGAGGACGGAAAUAAUACCGUAACGGAUUUCUGCGAUGUUCCCAUGUGC